GAAGGUUGUCUGAGAGCUCACCGUUAGUAACUGUGUGCUCUCACUGCCGCCAGUCCGCUGUUUUACAGACUGCCAGAAAUGCGGUUUUAACACCGUCAACUGUCGCUGGCAUCUCAGUGGAGCAGUGAGUCCGCGUAUGUGAUUUCUCCUGGACAUAACUGAGUUGAAGAGGAACCUGUCGUUUGGACUCUGCAGGUGCCGUUUACUUACAGCUGUGCCACCGUCACUUUUGACUUUAUCCUGUCAGGAUGAAGGCACGGCUUGGUCGCGAUAAACAUGUAUCUGAAAAGGUAAAUCUCCGCUGACUCACUUCGUGACUUUCAAGCACCGGUUUUCAAUAAGGAAGGAUAAGCAGAGAAGAACCACACGGACCGAAGGAGGGAGUCUUUCCUUCUCCGUGUGAGUUGCCUCUCCUCCGGCGAGAGAAGCCCGUGUGCAGGCGGAGCCACGGCCGAGCAGCAGAGCGCUGAAAUGAGAUGAGGCUCAGAAAUGGAACUCUUGCCACUGCAGUUAUUUUCUUCACCUCUUUUCUCAGUCUGUCUUGGUACACGGCCUGGCAGAAUGGAAAGGAAAAGUUGGUAGCGUAUCAGCGUGAGUUCCAUGCUCUGCGGGAGCGGUUGCGUGUGGCAGAACAUCGCACCCUGCAGCGCUCCUCUGAGCUGAACAACAUCCUUGAACAGUUCCGCCGCGCUAUUGCAGAGACCAACGGCAGCAAGGAUGCUCUCACCAACUUCUCAGAUGAAACACAGAAGCUGUUGAAGGAGCUGGCUCACAGGAAGCCUCUCCAAGUGCCAAACAUCUACCACCACUUACCGCACCUGCUUAACAAUGAGGGCAGCCUGCACCCUGCAGUCCAGGUGGGCCAGGGACGCACUGGAGUUUCCAUGGUGAUGGGGAUUCCUACAGUGAAGCGGAAAGUGAAGUCGUACCUGUCAGAGACGUUGCAUUCGCUCAUUGAUAAACUAUCACCUGAAGAGAAGCUUGACUGUGUGAUCAUAGUCUUCAUAGGGGAGAUGGAUUUAGAUUAUGUGCACGGUGUGGUCUCAAGCCUUGAGAAAGAAUUUUCCACAGAGCUGAAUUCAGGGCUGUUGGAGGUCAUCUCUCCUCCUGCCAGUUACUAUCCAGACCUCAACAACCUGAAGGAGACUUUUGGAGACUCCAAAGAGAGAGUGAAAUGGCGGACCAAGCAGAACUUGGACUAUUCUUUCCUCAUGAUGUAUGCAGUUGGCAAAGGAGUUUAUUAUGUCCAGUUGGAGGAUGAUAUUGUUGCGAAGCCCAACUACUUCGCUACUAUGAAGAACUUUGCCCUGCAGCUGGCCUCUGAAGACUGGAUGAUCCUGGAGUUCUCCCAACUAGGCUUCAUUGGUAAGAUGUUUCAGGCUCCUGAUCUGAAUCUUAUAGUGGAGUUCAUAUUUAUGUUCUACAAGGAGAAGCCUAUAGACUGGUUGUUGGACCACAUUCUCUGGGUGAAAGUUUGCAAUCCAGAGAAAGAUGCUAAACACUGUGAGAGACAGAAGUCCAGUCUACGUAUCCGCUUCAGACCCUCUUUAUUUCAGCAUGUGGGCCUGCAUUCCUCCCUGGCAGGGAAAAUUCAGAAACUCACGGAUAAGGACUUCCUGAAGCCGCUGCUGCAUAAAAUCCAUGUGAACCCACCGGCAGAGGUGUCCACUUCCCUUAAGGUCUACCAAGGCCAUACACUGGAGAAAGCUUACAUGGGAGAAGAUUUCUUUUGGGCCAUCACCCCCAUGGCAGGAGACUACGUGCUGUUCAAGUUUGAUCGUCCAGUCAGCAUUGAGAAAUUCCUGUUCCGCAGUGGUAACCAGGAGCACCCAGGCGACAAAAUUGAGAACACUACAGUAGACAUUUUGCCCUUCUCGGAAACGGCACUGAAGACCAAAGAGAAAUACAAACGGACAGAUGACCAUUUCUACAGAAUUGCUGAGUUUGAAAAAGGAGUGGCUGAAGGCACAGUUGACCCUGCCUUUAACCCGGUGGCUGCUGUACGUCUCACUGUCUUAAAGGACUCUGCUGUGUGGGCGAUUAUCAGUGAGAUCCACAUAAAGAGAGUUGCUGGAUAAAAGUGUGUAGACCUGCACUGAUGGUGGGUCCCAUAAGGCCCAGCUGUGCUGUAUAAGCUCUUGCAGCAUUCCAAAACAACAGUGACAUCAUCACAGCGCAUGGACGCUACCAAUCACAGUGUCACUCUUAAGGAUUGCUGGUUUUUACAAACUCCUCAUCCCUUUAUCUCUCUUUUUUUCGUUGCCUCCUUUCCUCCCUCCUCUUUCUUGCUCGCACGUUCUCUUUUGUUACUGUCCACUCUGUGUUCUUUUCCCUUUGAGGAUCUCAUUUUGUCAGGUCAUCUUUUCGUCUUCUUUUGUGUGUGUCAAUGUGAAUACUACUGUAUAAGAAAAGGUUUUCAGAAGGAACAAGGAGACUGAAGUUAAUGCCUUGAGGAUUUGCGAUCAGUGCCAUCACGAAGGUUUGACAUCAGAUGCAGGAUUGUGUGCUAAUGCUGGAGAGAAGGUGGCGGUCCUUACCGAACGAGAAUGUUAUGAGUACUGUAUCAUUAUGGACCAUAAAUGACUUUGACCGUGGGUCAAAUAAGUGCUUUAUACUUUACACAAAGUUGUCAGAAGAGAAAUCAUUUGAGAUAUUUUGUGUUAAAGAAAAAGUUACUUCUGUUGGUGUUGUUUUUCACCUCUCACGUUUAAGUGCCAGGGCAUGGCACGCUGUUUAAACUUAUUUAUGUCCAUGAAACAGUUUGUUGUAAUGACUACUUUGCCAAAAUAUUUCUUGAAACUAAUUUCUAAAGAAUAGAAACCAUACUGCAGAACCCUCCUUGUAUAACAGGAAAGGCCUUUCUUCCCUUCAGUGUCCUUCGACGUAAACCAAUCAACCAUGGCCUUUCAACAGAAGGGAUAUACGUAAAUAUAUAUUACUAUUAUUAUUUAGACGAUCUAUGAAGGUGAAUUUAACUUAUUUGAAAUAAAUCUUUAAUUUGUACGAGAGAGAAAUUUUUAUUUUUUAUGCUGUGAAAAGUAAAAAAAAAGUGCAGAAGUAAAUAUUUGAUUUGAUAAAUAUUUGGAGUAAAUACUUGCUUUUUAGUGAUUGUGGCUUAAAGAAUCUGGUUCAAGUUUUUUGUGUGUGCGUGUAUAGUUCCAAUGGGUGCAGGUCCCCCACAUUUGUGCCUUAAUGUCCAGUGUCCCCUAGGGGACUGGAAAGGGACUGCCUCUACGUGUCAAAGCCCCUGUGUCACACAGGACUAACUUGUAUAAGAAGUUUCCAGGCCAGUCUUUUAAGGAUCCACAGUCAGACCACUUUUGUUGGUCUUUUUUUCUCACCAUCAAACCUCAACCAGAUAAUCAAAGGCUGUAAUAUGCUGGUUACCUGGCCCAGGUUUGUUGUGAACUAGAACAAUGAUCUACAUGAGCUGAGGAUUCCUAAAGACUGAAUCUAUAAGUAGUACACACAUAAACAAAUGGUACUUCAAGUGCUCUUUAGUAAAGAAAAUCAUUCUAUAUAGAACCAUGAACACUCAAAAUCUCUUUUUGAUUAAAGGGUUCUUUGCAUCAUCAAAGGGUUUGUCAGAUUGAAUGGAUAUGAAUGAAUUUGAAUUCAGAACCAUCAGCCAACUGUGUUUGCACACUGUGGAAUUAGACCUCCGCAUUUAACCCAUCCGUGCAGUGAAACACCAUGUGCUGUAGAUGGUUCUAUAUAGAAUAUUUUUGAAAAGAGUUCUAUAUAGCACCAAAAAGGGAUCUUUAAGUGUUCAAGGUUCUAUAUAGAACCAUUUUCUUUACUAAAGAACCCUUAAAGAACCAUAAUUUUUAAGAGUGUAGUUCCCAGCCCCAGUACUGGUGACCCACUGUUCAGCUUAGCCAUAGAUCAGCUGUUUCUGGUUUUAACAGCUUGAUUCAGCUUGUAGAUGAAAGGGUGUGUUGGAGCAGGGACAGUUAAACUGUGGAGACCAGUGAAAAUCCAGACUGGGAUUGAAAACUGCUAACUAAAUUUCUUCUUCUUAAUUUGUAUGACAAGUUCCUGUUCAGAGCAUGCCAUGUUCGUCCUAAAGGGGAAUUUCAAAGGUUUUUCAAAAAUUCCGCAGAAUUCAGUUGUUGAGAUGUAAACAGUCACGUAGAGUAGUUUGUUCUGUUUGUAGAGAAACGAACUGACUUUUUUUGAUUUGAU